AUGUAUCGAGAGAUAACAACAAGUUCAGAAAUUGAAUCGAGUACCAACGUUGUGACAGGAGUUCAUUUUUUGUGUCUGGAUCACUUGACAAACGGGAGCUCCUCAAAGUCAUCAAGUAGUAGCGAAUUUGUUGGAAAGGUGAUAUUGACACUUGACGACGAUAAGGAGGAGUCAGACUACGUUCACUACAUUAAACUCAUCGCGCGCAUUUCGGAAGAUGGCUCUGAAUCGGUCGUCUAUAAUAGCUGGUGCUAUAAUUCGAACUGUAAUAUCAGUUUCAACGAGUUCACCUGUUCAGAAGUCCGUCUCCAAGUAUCCUCCUUCAACAAGGAUGGACUCGUCGGUCGGCAUGCAUUUUCAAAAUGGUACAAUACCGAGAAGCAUCUUUCGAAUACACCAAUCAACAUGUCACUAAAAAAUGUAGAAUGGAAUGAGGAUAAAGCUGCUGCACGGUUCGAAUAUAAGCCAGCAACAAGUCAUGAAGUACCAGUAUGCGCAUUUUAUGUGAAAUACAAAAAUGCAUUGAGCUCCGAAUACAAAGAAGUGAACUUCUAUUUGGACCACACGGAGGAGGUUCUCGUUGAAAACUUGGAUUUCAAUCAAAACUAUUCGAUGCAUUUUGUUAGCAGCCCAAACGAUGCAGAAGGCAAUGUUAAUGUAGCGGUUCCUGCGUGUAAUAAAAUGGUAGAUGAUGUGACGAUGUGUGCUCCACCACCUGUUUCAGUCGUAUCUUCAACCUGGAAUACAUCUUCAUUAUCCGAGAAUGUGUUGAUUAUUGUAUGGAAGUAUUAUUCAGAUGAGAAAAACAAUCAGAUUGACAGUGUCGUACGGACAUCUCAUUUUCAGUUGACUGUGCAUCCGCUCAUAACUGGUAACAACGAAAAAUGCGAGAAAUAUGAACCGAUUCGGCGAGAAGUCUUCUAUACCCAUCGAAGAGUUGUCUUUCAUGUUCCUGACUCAAAGUGUAAUUAUGAAGUGGAAGUAUCAGUGUUUGAUACCAAACGGAGGAGAAGUGAGACGAAAAAGAUCAAGAUUGCCCGUGUCAACGAACCAUCGUACAUGGCUCUCCUUUCCCCGACUGACUAUCCUACAACUGCUUCUGGUUCGAAUGACGCCAUUGUUGCCGAUCCAAAUCUUCAACCGCCAGAGAUUAUUAUGGGAAAGAAAUACGAAUCGAAAGGUGACAUCUGGCAGUUUGGAAUGUGCCUUGUGGAUAUGUGCACUCUCGGAGUUCCAUAUCAGAUUCAGAAGAAUAUUCCAGUCUCUGGAAUCACCGAGUUCACAGUAUUCGGUUCCGAUAACCCGUGCAAUACUCCUGAAAUCGCUGAAAAACUAUGGUCACUUUGUACGAAUCCACAAUUAGACGGUUGUAUUCGAAGUGGUUUCCUUGAUGUCUACUACUCUCUAUAUGCUCUCGGAACACCACCAGCAGUCGGAGGACCGGAUGAAUCAAUUGGAAUACAUCGUGCAUAUGUCACUGUUCCGAAUGCUGCUUCCACUUUUGCAACGUCACAAUGGCAUAACAGUGGGUAUGAGGCAGCGAGGAGAUCACCGCCACGAAGAGAUUUCGGAGAUGAAAUGAUGAAUUUAAUGCAUUAG